GGAACUUUAGCACGGAGGAAGGUAGUCUAGUACUGUUGUAACUCUCCAGGAACGAUGGUUAGGAAACUACCCGCCUAUAUGACUGAAAUACUGUUGGGAAAAGGCGUAAAAUGAAACAAACAAACAAAAAUAUAUGUAAGGUCAAGGUUACUGAUAACUGGGGACAACUGAAAUGUUAUUUACGUCACGUCACAUUAGAAAUGAACACAUUAUAGUAACUAAAUCUUCAUGUGUUUUGUAGGCUUAGGACAAGGAGGGGAGGCAGUUUAUUUACAGGAAACACAAGUGAUUGAAGGUCCUGACGGCACAAGAUAUAUUAUAGCAGGAUCAGGCGAGGAACUACAAGUUAUUGAGUCUUCUAACCUACAAGUUACUGAGCUUGUUCAGGAGGGUGAGAUUGUAGAGGGAGGAGUUAUAGAGCAGAUACAACAAGUGGAACAUAUAAAGGAUUCUAGUAGUGGAAAUAUUUUGGUCAUGAAUGAUGGUGAAGAACAGACAUUAAGUACUUUGGCAAACAUGGCGAGUGAAGCUUCAGUGGUUAAAUUAGAUUAGAAUACUAUCAUCAUGGUUAUUUUUUGACAAGUUUUAACUGGUUAUUUGUUAGAAAAACAUGUUGAUAUUUUUUAUUGAAUGUUAAAUCUUAUAUCAUUUACUUUAAAAGAAGAGAACAAACAUAAAGAGAUUGCCUACACAUCCAUUGGUAAGUACAUAGAGGAAAUUCAUGUUUUUGUGUCACCUUGAAAAAGUCCACAUAUAGGAUUACUUUUGUUGGUGGCAGUGUCGCGGCGUCCCCAUAGUCUUGCUUCUUACAUGCAUCGUUCAAUGACCUGAAGAGCAGUGCAUAAGAAUCGGUACUUUGCACUUCUUAUUUUUGAGUUAUUGC